AUGGUCCGACAAACAAUUUCGUGUGCCCUUGUAGGGCUUGCGCUACUCGAGAGUGUUGCUCAAGGCAUUAACAUUUACGUGACCAACGAAUGCACGGAAAGUAUAACGUUGGCUCACGUGACGCCUGGUGGCGUAUCAACGGAUCAAGUAGCCGCUGGUGGUACCAUUAUCAAGUCGUUUGCGGCUGGUACUGGCUCGCACGUGUUCAAGUCAGGCACGGGAGCUCAAGCUACUUUGGCCGAGUUCUCCGCUGAGGGUGGCAAGUGCUGGAUGGAUAUCAGCAUUAUCCCCACGGGUGAAAUGAGUGGCCCCGAGUGCUGUCCGAACCUUCAGGCUUGCAAGGACUUAACGGGAGGUGUGGGCUUUAACGUCGCAAUGCAGAUCACUCCGCAUACGCAGGAUGGCGCUCGCUGUGUCGAAUUGACGUGCAUGUAUGACGGAUGCACUGACGCCUACCAGUUUCCCAAGGACGAUACCAAGACCCACACGUGCCCUUUGUCCACAGACUACGACCUGACGUUUUGUCCCGGUGGCUCAGGUGGUGGUUAUGCGGCGGUUACGCAGUAUGAACCUAUACCGCCUCAAGCGCAGAUUCCAGCGCCGGCACCACCUUUAGCGUCGACUACAGCAACGGCACCGCCUCCAGCGUCGACUACAGCACCAGCACCGGCACCGCCUCCGGCGCCGACUACAGCACCGCCUCCUGCGCCGAAUACAGCGGUUGAGCCGAUUUCAGCGCCGGUGUCGAUUUCCAUGCCGGCUUCUGCUCCUUUUUCGAAGCAGACAUUGUCUUCAAAUGUAGAGCAGACGUCGUUGUUGAAUACAGGCUAUGGUGAUUCGGCCAGUCAGGAGCUGCACAACAUCGUCCUGUCUUCCAAGUCGGUUGAUUUGGGCUUGGAAGUCAAGGCUGGCGACGACAAGGUGCAUAAGACCAAUGUUGAGAGGGUACAGAAUUAUGUUACCCGCAGCAAUACAACGAGUGACAUAGUGCAGCAGCCGAUUUACACGAAGGAUGACGUAGUGCAGCCCAUUGCAGUUCCAUCCCCAGACACUUAUUCGAAUGAAGAGGAUGUUCAGCACAUUAACAACAGGUCCAAAAAGAGUAACGACUGCAGCACACCGUACGUUGUGUUGGGUUUAGGCGCGUUCGUUGGGAUCGUGGCUGCUGCCGCGAUCGUCGUUGUGCGUAAGAAGAAAGCGAAGCUGGAAGAGCUUGAGAGCAAGACGCCGCUCUCGGCGAUGGCUUACGGCACUUUAUCGAGCUUCCGCACCCCUCGCGACGAACCCCCGCCUUUCGCCGCCCAGGUUAUGGAAAGCGUUUGGUACACUAUAUCACGGAAUGUAGAUUCAAAAGCGUACUGCACGAGCCUUAGCUCUUUGGAUAAGAAAGGUGUAACGUGA